CUAUUGCCACGCUGAGCAUUGAAGAUCGUGACAUUAAGGUUGUCCGUCCUCUGUACAGCGUGGAGGUUAUGGAAACAGAAACUGCUCGCUUUGAAACUGAGAUAUCUGAAGAAGAUGUCCAUGCUAACUGGAAACUCAAAGGAGAAGCAGUACAUCCUUCGCCAGAUUGCGAGAUCAAGGAAGAAGGCAAAAAACAUUUCCUUAUCCUUUAUAAUGUGCGAAUGGAUCAAGCUGGUGGUGUGGAUUUCCAAGCAGCCAAUGCAAAGUCCAGUGCACAUCUCAAAGUCAAAGCCCGCCUAAUUGGCUUGCUAAGGCCCUUGAAGGAUGUGAUCGUGACAGCUGGGGAAUCAGCUACCUUUGAGUGUGAGCUCUCCUAUGAAGGGAUACCUGUGGAAUGGUUCCUCAAAGGCCAAAAACUGGAACCUAGUGAUAAGAUUGUGACACGUGCUGAAGGAAGAGUUCACACAAUUACUCUGAGGGAUGUGCAAUUAACAGAUGCUGGAGAGGUCACACUCACUGCAAAGGAUUUCAAGACACAAGCCAACUUG